UGAAUAUCGCUUAAAAUACUUCAACACAAAAGUAUUGUGAAACGUGUUGGCUCUGGGCGCUCCAAUGGGCCUUUUCCGCCAUCUUUCUUGAGCUCGUAAGACAUGGCGAAAACGCCGAAAGCUCCCGCCGAAGGGGCGAAACCCGAGAAAAAAGCGUCGUCAGAGGAGGUGAAGGGCUCUGGAAGGAAGACCAAGGUUCCAAAGAGGUUGUACUGCAAAGCAGUAUUUGUGGGUUACCGACGUGGUUUGCGAAACCAGCAUGAGCACACAUCACUGCUCAAGAUUGACGGUGUGACGUCCCGCCGUGAAGUACCUUUCUACUUGGGAAAGCGGGCUGUAUUUGUCUACUCCGCCAAGACCAAAACGCGUGUGCCCGGACACAAGGGACACUACACAAAGCUGCGCGCCAUCUGGGGCAAAGUGACAAAGCCACACGGCAACAGCGGCAUCGUGAGGGCGAAAUUCAAGAAGAAUCUCCCAGCCGCGGCUAUGGGACGAAGAGUGAGAGUCAUGUUGUACCCCUCCCGCAUCUAGUGCCCUAAUAAAAACGAACGCCUGU